AUGACGGUCAUCGUCAAUGGAGGCACACAUGAUGCCCAAACGCAGCUACAUCUCAACAUGAUGACGGAUACCCUUAUAUCGUCGCUACCACCAGAUGGACUACGAUCAGUCACGCGUUCUAUGCUCGCCGUCCAUCCACAAUUCACCAAGUCAUUCGAGCAUUAUACACGCUUGUACGUCAGAGAGCGUGCAACGGCUCUGUUCCAAUCUCUUGACACAGAAUGUGGGCUGAAGGACUUGGAGCAGACGCAACUUGUGUGUAGGUGUAUGGUCGGCUCCGGUCUCGUCUUCGAGGUUCUGCCACUGCUCGCCAAGCUCGCAGAUUCCGCAGCCAAAUUGCAGACGAAUGAUCGGGAGAGGAAAUCUGCUCUGCUAGCAUCAAUUGACGGAGAUCUGGUUCAAGCAGUCACAGCGGUACAGAAAGCCGUCACGGUAGCUUCCGGCACACGAGAGCUUACGAAUCAUGAGAGGCUCGCUGUACGAGAUCUCUUUGACAGUGUUUCGACUUCAGUGAGUAGAAAUAGUACGGCAGGCAGCGGAUAUAUAUUCGACAGGGGUCGGACAGCAUCAGCCGGCAUUCUGGGUAUCGAUCCGUCCGAGGACGAGACCCAAGCCGAUUCAGAUGCCCUGCGACACACUCCUCCGCCACCAGCAGCCGGGGAGACCUUUAUUAUUAGCCAGCUUACUUUGCCGCGGAUCUUCUCAGGGCUUUGGCAGAUGUCGAGUCCAUCGUGGGGGUCGGCGCCGAUGUCCAUGAUAAUGGGUCAGCUGGGCAAGCAUGUAAGUAGCGGUUUCACAUCCUUCGACAUGGCCGACCACUAUGGUGAUGCUGAGUUGAUCUUCGGCCGCUUCCGGGCGCGCUACCCACACAAAGAGGCCGUCUUUGCGGCCACCAAGAUCUGCAUUUUCCAGCGGAUGCCAAAUGUCACACGAGAAGCAAUGGCUGCCAACGUAAGCGAACGCUGCAAGAGGCUGCAAAUGAGCAAGCUUGAUCUUGUUCAAUUUCAUUGGCAGUACUACGACGAUGGAUCCUAUCUGGACGCCCUUCGCUUCCUGCAGGAAGACGAUCGCGUGGGCAAGCUCGGUCUUUGCAACUUUGACACUGCUAACAUGCAACUGGCGAUCGAGUCCGGCAUCAAAAUCCAUACCAAUCAAGUGCAGUUCUCACUGAUCGACUCGCGGCCAGCCGAGAAGAUGGCAGCAUUCUGUGACGAGCACGGCGUCAAGCUUCUCACCUACGGCACUCUCUGUGGCGGUUUCCUGUCAGACAAAUGGCUUGGUAAGGCGGAGCCAGAUCUCUACAGCGCAGCAAGCGCCACUACACCAAGUCAGCGCAAGUACUUUUCGAUGAUCUCCAACUGGGGUGGAUGGGAGUUGCUACAAGAGCUGCUACAGGUGCUACGCAGUAUAGCCACGAAACAUGACGUGCCGGGCAUCUCCAACGUGGCGACUCGAUGGGUACUAGACUGGCCGUGCGUGGGCGCUGUAAUAGUAGGCGCACGGAUGGGCGUCAGCGACCAUUCCGACGACAAUCUGGCGAGCUUUGGCUGGAGCCUGAAUGACGAAGAUCGGGAAGCAAUUGAUGUCGUGCUGCGAAAGAGCAAGAGGAAAGAGAUGUUUGAAAUCAUGGGCGACUGCGGAGCAGAAUACCGAACAUGA